ACGGGAGUUGGUUGUGUCGGAUUUCUUCGGAGGGGAACGCUAUUAAAAUAUCCACAAACAUUAUCUUUAAUUGGACAGUAUUUUGUGCUUGUGUGCGUUCGGUGUUCGGUUUUUUUUUCCCGCCAGUGACGAUUCCGUUUUUUCGAAAGCCCUCGAUGACUGUUAUCGUUCGCAUUUAGCGAGCGCCGAUCGUGAGUGAUUUUUUGAUUGCCGCAAACGAAAACAUGACUAUUGAUUAGACAACGUAUCAUCCAGUCGUACAAAUAAAACUAAAGUGACUACAAAAAUGACAUCAGUGACGUGACACGAAAGUUUAAAAAUAUCGGUAACAAUCGAUAAUAUCCGACGCGAGUACAAAACGUAAAAUCGAUUUAAAAAUGACGCCACGUGCUACGUAAUUGCAAAAUCAUAAUUCACGGAUCUUUAAUUGAUCUGUAAUUAUUUCUCAGUCCCAUUCUCUUUUAUAAUCGCCGGCAAUAAUUUUGAUUAUACUUCUCGCUACGACAAAGUUAUCUUUGAAAACUUAACUAACUUCUAAUACUUUUCUAACUUGGUAUUAGAAAAAUAAAUAUAAAUAAACAAAGAAUACAGUGCUAAAGCUGAGUGUAUAAAGCUUUUAUUAACAAUCCUUGUGUGACAUUUUGGUGUAAACAAAACGAAAAAUAAAAUUGUGAGAAAGUGAUGCGGUGUCCAGUUGUCUGACUCAAAGGAAAACCCGCUCGGCCGGCGGCUAACUAUAAAAGGAGCAGUAGAAAUCCCUCAAGAUUACCCGAAUUCAAUCCCCAAACAACAAACCCGGCAACCUGAGUUUCACAGAUCCCUUUGGGCCUCCCCAGUCAUCGGACGGGGGGGGCCCGUCGACCCCGCAGCCCGCGAUGACCACCCAGGAGGCACUGGAGCACCAGCACCACCACCUGGGAGGCUCGCAGACCCCCCACGACAUCUCCAAUUCGGCCAAUUCGACCCCAACUAAUGUAUCCUCUAAAUCCGCCUUCAUAGAGUUACAGCAACAUGGCUAUGGACCGUUUAAAGGCGGAUACCAGCAUCCCCACCAUUUUGGAAGUCCGGGGGGACAACAAAACCCCCACGAGGCGUCCGGGUUCCCCAGUCCUAGGUCAUUAGGCUAUCCCUUCCCUCCUAUGCACCAAAACACUUAUGGUUAUCAUAUAGGGUCCUACGCUCCUCAAUGUGCCAGUCCGCCUAAAGAUGAAAAAUGUGGUCUCUCCGACGACCCCGGUCUACGGGUGAACGGGAAAGGAAAGAAGAUGCGCAAACCACGCACCAUCUACUCCAGUUUGCAGCUGCAGCAGCUCAACAGGAGGUUCCAGAGGACGCAGUACCUCGCAUUGCCCGAGAGAGCCGAGCUCGCGGCGAGUUUAGGGUUGACUCAAACACAGGUUAAGAUAUGGUUCCAGAACCGUCGCAGCAAGUACAAGAAAAUGAUGAAGGCGGCGCAGGUGGGCGCGCCACCGCCCAGCCUCGGCCUGCCACCCGGCAGUCCGCCUAGCAAUAACCAAUUACUACACGGUGGUGGCGGCAGUUCUAGCGGGUCACAACACUCGCCAUCAGCUUACCAAAGCGGGGCGCAAGCGCACUCGCCCACGCCGAGCUCAACGCCUGUCUCCGAACUCUCCCCGGGCCUCUCACCCACCGGCACUUGGGACGUUAAACAACCGCCCCAGCCCUCCUGGGAUGUUAAGGUUGGAUAUCCGAAUGCGGGUCGCUCGCCGGACGGCACCUCAUGCGAUAUCAAGCCGCCGCACCAGCAGUCGUGGGACCCGAGAGUCGGUUAUGGUGCGCCACCUGGGCCUUGGGACAUGAAGGGCGCGCACGCCGCGCACGCGCUGCAUCACCAGGCGGCUCCACAGCCGCACCCGCCCUACGUGCCGCAGUACUCCUGGUACCAGCCUGACGCCAACCCUGGACUACUCACUGAAAACGGUCUCGCGUUAUUCCAUCGCAUGGGGCUCAGACCACAAUAUUUGGGACCACAUGAACAGAACAAUUACGACAGCUGAGGAAUUUCGACUAUUAGUUAAUUGUAGCAUAUUAUAUCCAGCAAACUUACUUUCGUGUAACUAAAAAUAAUAUUAUAAAGGUUAUAAUGGCAUGCAUAAAUAGGACGCGUCGUUUGAAUUUUAAAUAAUAUAUGUCGAAAAUUUGUAAGGCAAUUUGAUCUCUAUCAUUGACAGUCAAAUAUUUUGAUACAUACUGGAUCAAGAAAGGUCGUGAUUUUAAAUUAAAUAUACUUGACACAAACAACUAUUCCGUCUUUGUCUAUGCAACUAUAGAUACUCUGAUUAAAUCACAAUAAAUGUCUAUGGUAGGGAUUUUAGUUGACAAAUUACGUUCUUUCUUGAUUUUCUCUAAUCAAUUUAUUAAUAAAAGAAAUUGUUUGUCUACAGGGUUUGGCCCGCAGUGUAACAGCCAUCGGACAAACACAGAUGAUAAUUAAAAUAAUGCAAGUAUAGUUCACAUUCAAAAUGGCGGGAAGCGAUAUAAUAGAGCGUUCACUCGGCGCCAUAUUUAAAUUUAAAUAUAUGUAUCGGCACAACCAACGUUAAAUUAAGGAAUUUAUUUAAUAGAAAUAUAAACAUUGUACAUUUUUAUAUUUAAUAUAGUACGUUAUUGUUUAAAAUGGUUACUGUAAAUGUUAUAAACUAAAUUACAUUGAUAAGUAUGAAAUAGGUACGAAGUUGACCAAAUUUGGGCGAACUAUUUCUUCUAUUUUGUUUGUAACUAAUCUCACAACUAAAUAAAAUAAUUUAUUUAUUCUGAAUUUCUAUUAUGCAUGCCACUAUAUCCCGAGAAAAAUUACUGUCACAUUCCUUUUAAAUAGAAGUCUGUUUUUUUUUUGUUAUGGUAUAUUUAUCGUAUUUUGUAAAUUAAAAAUAAAGGCGUCAUGCCAUUUCUUGUAUAGACAAUUUUUUCGUAAUUUUGAUCAUAUGACUUUUAAAAUUGGAACAUUAUAGUUUUUCCAAACUCUUGCCAUUAUCUUAAUGGUCUGAAAUUGUAAAAAAAAGCUUGUAUAUUUAUUGUUAUCUAAAGAGAAAAAUAUUUAUAAUCAUGGUAAAUAAUUCGUUGUAGGUUUUUGUAUAACCUUGAAAUUCACUUUUUUUUACAAAAAAAAAUAUUACCGUAAAUAGAUUAUUACAAUUUUUUUUAUUCGUAAUAUA